GGGAACAGAGAUGGCGGCAGGCAGGUGUGUUAUUUGCCGCAAAGUGAAGAAGUGAUUUCCUCCAUGACUCUUAGUUAUCAUCCAAUAAUCUUGGCCAGAUUAAUUUCGAAGGGCCAUCAACUAGCAUGAGCACAAAUUGGCCACUGGAUUGCAGUGUGCGAAGCGAUGACAUCGUUGCGCUCUCUUGCCGGGCGAUAAAUUUGGCGGUGAAAUCUCCUUGGAAAUCUUGGAAUGACAGCCGAACAGGACUUUAGAGAGCAGUCAAACACCUCGGAAAUCGCUCUUCCUGACAAAUUAGCGAAAAUCAAGAAAGCUGAUGACUUCGCGGCGGUCAAGUACAAAUGGAACAGUAACGAGGAGGUUUUGUCUUUGUUAACAAGCCUUAGCAACCAUGAAACCUGGGUGACAAGAACAGUUCCUGACAGGCCUGAAAAUGGAUCCAUGUUUCUCUUUGAUCGAAGCAAGGUUAAGAAUUAUCGCAAGGAUGGUUAUACAUGGAAAAAGAGAAGAUCAGGAAAUACAAUAAGGGAGGAUCACACAAAACUAAAGGUCGACGGAAUUGAGUGUUUGAGUGUACUAUACACCCAUUCUGCCUUGGUACCAACAUUUCAUCGUCGCUGCUACUGGAUGCUGCAGAAUCCAAAAAUAGUACUGGUUCAUUACUUGAAUUUGGUGGAAGAAUGCAACAAACCCAUCACAGUUUCUGUGUACUCAUCGCCUGACAGCCGUGAUGACAUCUCACAACAGCUGGAAGCCAUCUAUUCGGGAGUUUCGUCGGAUGUAAAGCCUGAGGUUACGGUAACAGAGGAAAGUCCCCCCGGAUCACCGUCAUCUUCAGAAGAAGGCGAGAACUCGUCUUCCAAAGGCAAACGACAGCGGAAACGGAACAAGGCGAUUUACAAAAUCUCCUUUUCUCCAAACAAGAGUUUUCAAGCCAAAGCUCGGGCUGAAAAACUGAACAUAAAAGUGAUCAAAGUGACUAAGAAUAACCAAGGUCGUUUGACCGUGACAGGACACAGAGAGGGUUCGCCAUCUUUGGAAGAGAAUACGUCCCAUGAAGGGAAUGAUUCGGGCACAGUUGAUGACGUUACGUGCCAGGCAGCCGUCACCCCAAGUAAUGGUCACGUGUUCGUCACCAGUCCUUCAAGCUUUUCGCAGCACCAGCCUUUAAGAGACAUUUCUAUACUUUCGGUAGUGCCCAUGGUAACGCAUCCUUCGAUGUCCACAUUAUCGUACCAGGUACAAAACUCUCUUGGAGACAAAGGAUGUGGGGCAACGAAUGUUCCGACCACAUCAACUUGCCAAUUUCUUCCAGAAAAUCACAUGUCGAAUGCGAUCCCUAUCAGUCCGCUCUCAGGAGAGACGAAUCACAGCGCUGGCAUCCAGUGGAAUUCGAUCGUUUUGAAUCCUCGCGUUGCAGAGUUAGGUUCAAGUCCCUCUAGCGACUAUGGCAGCUAUAUGUCUGAUGCUGGCGCCCGGCUCAGUUUCUCUGGGUCAGAUUCCAUGAGUGCUGGUCUUCCAGGGCAAAAUAUUCAAGAUUCCGGGCAUGCGCUGUUCGACGGCCCUUUUCGUGUUCCACUCCCUGUGGAACGAGAGUCCCGACAGCAUUUGACUGAUUCAGCAAAAAGUGACGAAGGGGCACCCCCACAGGGCCAGGAACCGUUUCCGGGGGGGCCACAAUCUGGUGGAAAUGAUGUAUCCGUGGACAUGACAAAUUUGUCGCCUUUGGAAUCACUUGCGUUCGACGACAUGUUUGACUGUGAUCUUAGCAAUGUGAUUCCAGAUUGUUUUCCGGACUGCAUGAGCGCGUCGUCACCCAAGCAAAGUAGUGAUGGUCUGACAGCUUCCAUUGGGAGCCCGAAGUCGAGUUAUGCCUCUAGUACUUGUACUACAUCGCAGCUCUCUUCCAGUCCAUACUCUUCCGCUAGCCAAGAACAAACCUCUUGUUUCUCUCAAAUGACAACUUCCGGUCUGUCAUCUACUACGUCUUAUGUAUUUGUGAAGCCUGUUAGUCCAGUGCGAUCCACGGUGGUGACGUCAUGUUUCGUUAACGUCAAUGAGAACACGCUUGAAUCAUCAUCCGGGGCAGUUGUAAGUGAAGCAAGCACUCAGACCUCUCACAAUGGCAUUCAAGUUUGUAGUGAAGUAAACAUGGCAGAUGAUUCCAUUAAUCGUACUGUUGCUCAACCAACGGCAAAUGAGGUUUGCCUGAUUCCUUCUCCUGUUCAUGGUUUUGCUCAGCAAACUAGCACUCCAGCCACAAGUGACUUAAAUAAUAAUUCCUCGCGCGCACUCCCCGCGGGUAACACAGCUGACAAUUUCUCCACGCCUGUAGGGAAUCGGGUCGUUCCAGUCUCGGCGCGAAUUACCGAUUUCUCCCCCGAAUGGUCUUACCCCGAGGGUGGGGCUAAAGUACUUAUCACUGGCGAGUGGAGGAUGGAGCAAGGUUCGUACACUUGCUUGUUCGAUGGUUGUAGCGUGCCCGCGAUUUUAUACCAGUCUGGUGUUUUGCGAUGCUUCUGUCCUCCUCACGACCCAGGCCUGGUCACCUUGCAAGUCGCUUGCAAUGGUUUUAUCGUCAGCAACGCUUGUGUGUUUGAGUAUCGUGCGCGUGACUCACCCGUGGUGGGAGCUAGCUGUCACGAGUGGCUCGCCACUGAUAAUGACCGGUUUAAGCUGGCUAUACUUGACCGCCUUGAGAGAUUAGAAUCCAGAUUCCACUCGAACCCGACGAGCAAUUCCGCAAACGACACACAACACGGAAAACAAUGCGCCACUUUUGAAGACCGACUCAUCGUCGCUUGUGAAUUUUUCCACCGAACCAUAAGCUCUGCUAUAAACGCCCCAACAAAGGGGGAUAAGCCAUUCAGAGGAAUGACUCUUCUACACUUAUCCGCUGCGCUGGGUUUUAACCGGCUGAUAUGCACACUGUUGAAGUUAUGGCGUGAGAGUGAAAGCCAGCUUGUCAGAGAGGAAAUGAACCCGCUCAGGAAGGACGAAUUUGCUUGCACUCCGCUGACUUGGGCAUGCGCUCUUGGUCAGACAGACACUGCCCACCCGCUGUUAGAGGCCGAACCGAAGGCUUUAUUAGAGCCUGAUGCUCGAGGUCGUAUGCCUUUGCAGCUAGCUAGGGAUAGAGGCUUCUUAGACGUGGUUGAUCUGAUUGAAGACUAUGUGAUGUCCUCUCCAUUCAGUCGUUCAGUUCUCGGAAUGGACCGUGAUUCUGACGGAACCCCAUCGCCAAUGGCCUCAUCGUGUGACUCUCUACUGACUCCUGUCCCGGCCCCUAAUUCUUGCUCGUUGUUACCAGUUCCUGUGGAUGCUGACAUGGUUGACCGAGCAAACUCGCCAAUGGUCGUUGAUGAAAACAAAUUGGAGCCUCAAUUAAGUAGAAAACCAGCUAAGACUCUGGCAAAAACAUUGGUGCAUAUACGUUCGAUGAUAAACGAGGCAGAACAGGAGGCAGAGCUAAAUCACCGGAUAUCCGCUCAUUUAUCUCCGUUACACGAAAACUCAGAACUCAUUACAUCCGGGACUUGGGGACCGGCAGCCAGGCUGCGCACCUUCAGCUCGGCCUCUUCCCAAUCUUCCCCUUUGACGCCAUGCUCUUCCAAGUCUUCCCUCUCCCCAGGUUCUCCCGUCUUUCUUAACUCGCCCCAUUCCUCUCCUUCUGGACCAGACACGACUGAAUUUCAGGAGUUCAUUUCAAGUUCUCGUAAGCUGUUGGAAAGAGAUUUUUCGGAUCUCACGUUAACAGAUCGUGAGCAGUGGGAACUCUACGAAGCAGCCAAGAUCAUCCAGAAUGCCUACAGAAAUUACAAGACAAGGCGCCACCAACAGGAGCAGGAAAUAGAAGCUGCCAUACUGAUUCAGCACCAUUAUCGUAGAUAUAAAGAGUUUAUCGCGUUCAAAAAAAUGACCCGCGCAGCUCGGAUAAUUCAGAGCCAGUACCGUACAUACCGUGAACACGAAAGGUUCAAGAAGAGUCGACGGGCAGCCGCCAUUAUACAGAAUACUUUCAGAAGUUAUCGGGAAAGAAGACGUUCGUCACAGAGGCGACGAGAAGAGAGAAUAAACAAACGACAAGAGGCUCGCUACAUGCAAAAAGUAUCCAACAGAUCCAAAGAUAACACGCAUAGCCAGAUGUAACAAUUUCUUUUUCUUUGAAAGUGAGUAAUACUGGAAUAGCUGGGAUCCGGUUUGCAGUUCCCUGGAAGUGUUUAAAAGAGCGGAAUGUCAUUGGUGGAAAGCAGUGAGAUCAACAAUAACCUUCUUGACCAGUUCGUGUUUUAACAGAGUAGCUAUUCAUACAUUAAUAAUUUAUUAAUUAAUUUGUAAUCUCGGUGGAGAAGUUAGCCCUUUUCUGUGGCGUUUUCCAAUUUAUGGAAAUAUUUAUUCAAGUGAGAGUGGUUUUAAUUUAUGAAAAAAAUCUGUUCAAUGUACUCCCCUUCCACCGACCGUGGCCGAACGCUGAAAUCUUUUCGUCAAAAUGUUGCCUCUUAAAGUUGCGAAAAGUGAGUGAGAUGUUUAAUUUUUUAGUUGUCACGUGGUAUUGAGAGUGGUCAGUUUGGCCAAUCGUAUGUCUUUGCUUUUAUCACGUGAUGAGUAGCAUAGUGAUACGCAUGUACGCGUAAUAUGGGCUUUUUCUAGUCGGUGUGGGAAUAACUUGUUUACAAGGUGUAUUUUUGCGUUAUUUUUUUAAGAAUUGCACAUUGUUUGGGUAUAGAUAUUUUGUGGUGAGUGCGAUAGACGCGAAUAUUUAUUUACGUAAUUGCUCAUAUCAAGUCUACACAGUGAUUUGGACAUGAUUUUGAUAUAAUUUAUCAAGUAGAUUGGUUUUUAAAAAUUCCGUUCGAGGUAUAUGGCGUACGCCGUGAAAAAGUGAUAAUUUUUGGGGCGUUAUUGCCUCUUUGAGGCGUAAAUUUCAUUUGUAAGUCGAGCUUACUGCAUUCAUAUUGUGAUGUCUUCAUUCGUGUGACUAGCCACGUCACUCAACCACUCUCUUGGGAAGUAUUGCGUGACGAACCAUUUCCUGUCUGCAAAGAAGUUUUGUCACGCAUGUUUUCGAGAAUAGCGAUCACUUGGCUUUUGACUUUAGGACAUGAGAAAUGUCGAUCCUUUCUUUCAUUGUACUGUAACAAUCUAAAGUCGGCUUUUCACACAUCGGUUCUGCCUGUAAAAGUUCCGUUGCACCUGUAUCCGUGACCGCACAAUUUCAAAUAUUUACAACUUUAUUUUUUUAAGUCGUUUUUCGCAACGUGCAGACUUUUCUGGACUCUGGAAGAAAUCUCAGAUGUACAAUUUCUCACCGUAAUGAUGAUUCCAAGAAGGGGGGUUUAAGACGAACACGGAUACAGCUCCAACAGUCUUUUCGAGGCGAAUACUUGAUAUCCUCCAAACCUGAAGAAAUGGAGUUAUCCAAAAUACGAUUCCGUUAUUAGAGCAGUUUUAAUUGAAUGUUUUAAAACCAAAACAAAAGUUAUCACAGCUAUUAAUCAGAAAAAAAGAUUGACGUCAUCAGUAGCCAAUGAGGACUCCAAGUUGAAACAAGCAAACUGCCUGAAGCGCGCGAAAACGCGAAUGACAAAGUCGCGAUUGUUUUUAGUUUUGCAUCUGAUUGGUUGGGAGAGUGGUGCGAGUUUUGUGGACCAAUCACAGAAUGAAGUAAAGGAAAACCAAAGUAAUAUCGAUUUACUUUCGACACUAAAUUGAAAAUGACUCCAUCCCAAAAAUUCCUCAAAAACUUUCGUCAUCCUUUCCUCUCCCCCCCCCUUUAUGUAUUAAUUGCCUUCCCUCUCCAUGGAGAGGCACAAAUGAAGAUUGUUUCAUUUCUUAUGUCCAGGGUAUGGUGGGGCAACUUGUGGUGAAAGAACUUUCCCAUUCGCCUAUUUUUCGAGGGCUGUAGACCUUGCAAUAAUUCAAACUUAUUCAUUCGUUCCAAAGGAACACUUAAUGGAGAAUAUACGGGUAUUCAAAUAAUACGGUAUUCAAACGCUUCUAAUCAAGAAAUUGAUAAUUUUUUUAGUAAGAUUUGUUUAGUUUUAUACGAUUUAAUGUAUUUACCUAGUGUUCUAUUCUUGAAAAUGUUCCCUCAUCGGUGAUUUUUUUCAACCCCUUCAUUUCUAAGCUCGACAUAUCAAUUCUCUACACUGUUUGUCACACUUUAUUGUUUUAGUAUAGAGAGUCUGGUGUCAGAUCAAACAAGAAACACUAGUUUACAUUAUUUUUUUUAUCAAUACCUUUCAGUGUGAAAUGAACGAAUAUUGUUGGGAGAAAUUCCUUUCUAGUCACUUUUGGGAUUGAAAGAUUUGAAAAGCCCCUGUUAUUUAAACCUUGAGUGUUCUUUUUUUUAAUUUUUUUAUCAUGUCUCUUAAGAGAGAAAGGCCUUAUCGUACUUUGGGUAUAUUUAACAGUAUUUAAUUUGUAUUGAUGUGAUAUCACAGUCGCUGUCAAUUACUGAGAUCAAUGUCAGUAUCUGAGCAACUACGCGCCUACCCCUCCCCUAACAACAAGAGUCAACUGAUAAUAAGUGAGGGUUAAUGUUGGGUUUGGGGAGGGGUAGGUGUGUAAUUGCUCAGAUACUGACAAUGAUCCAAGUUGUUUUAUUUAAUUGUCCACAUAGGACAGUCUGUAGUCUCUGUAGGUGAAUUUGAAUAACACCUGAUCAUUAAAUGAUCCAUGCCAGA